UGACUUUUGUACCAAUGACGUAACAGUCGUACAUAACCUAAAAAAAAGGGACAAUAUAGUUUCCAAGUCUCUUUUAUAAAAUCGAAAAACAAAUUUAAAGAGUUAGAUUUGUUUAUUAUUCGAAACUAAAGAUCAAAAAAAAAAAAAAAAAAUGGAGGAGAUAGACCAUAAGGGGCCCCAUAGCCCAACUGGAGUCAGUAAAGCCAUGGGUAUCCAAGGUCGUGUAGCCGAUGAAAGAGAAAGAUGUAUUGGAAUGACAGCCGAUGAACGUGCAUGGCGUGCACAAUGGCUUAAAGAUCAAGUUCUCGAACACGAUGAGCCAAAAAUCCCCGAUGGUUACUAUCAGGCUCGAUACAAUCCAAUAAGAAGAUUUUAUCGGUUCCCAAUGCAGAAAGUGGAAGAAUUUCUCACACCAAAACUUGGUCUUGAAAUGGCAGAAACUAUUCGUCAUUGCACCGCUAAAACCGCAUUGGGAAUAGCAAUCUGUUACUUAGGGUUUUAUUACUUCAAAUAUAAUGCCGGGACUUGGGAAUCAAAAGGUGGCUGGCAUGUAAGUAGAUCGAGACCAACACUGUUUCUUGAUGAUCCAAAUUGGCCAAAUCAUGAGGAUAGACUUUAUGCGAAUGAAUAUUGUGAUCAGGGUUUCAAAAAGUCACCUAUAUAAAUUAUUAGAAUAUACUUCCACUGCUUUAGUUAUUUAUAAAAUAAAAUUAUGUAUUCAAUGAA